AUCCUUAGUGAGGAGACUGCGGGGACGUGACACCGAACCCUGCAGGAUAAUGUCGAUGACAUUACGUCGGCACGGAUGUAGUCUACCAAGUGGAAGUAAACACGUGCUCAAAUAAGGUUUAUGACUUUAUAUUGACGCACUUGUGAAGCGGUCAGUUGGACAGAGACCCGGAGCGGCCAACGCCUCAUCUGAGCUCAUCUUCUAGUUCACUCUGAGGAACGUGAAUCAGUGCACCUCCUUCCAAAAUGAGCCGGGACGUUGCUAUCCACAGCUGGCCCGGCUCCUACUACAUAAACGGCGAGAAGCGGUGGGAAAAUGGCACCCUGUCCCUCACCAGGACCACGGUGCGCUUCGUCUCCAACCAGAGCAAGGAGAGCCUCGCCACGUUCCGCCUCUCCCGCAUCGUGGCGAUCAAGAUGGAGUCGUCCAGCUUCAUCUUCAGCACGCUCACGGUGCUCGAGGAGGGCGACGUGAAACACUGGUUUGGUUCCCUGAAACCCAACAGGGUGGUGGUUCAUAAUGUGUUGGAACAUUUCUGGAGGGAACGCCUCCUGUCCCCCAGCUCGGAGGCCCGUGGGGCUGAGUCUCAGCCCUCUAAAGGCAGAGCGCUGAUCAACCUGGUGGCAGGGGCCCAGAGGCGACUGGAGGACACUGGUACAGUCCUCAGCCACCAAGGAGAGCAGUUCGACAACAUGAUGCAGGGACUCGAGAAGAUCGACUCUGACCUGGGCGUGGCUGAUAAACUUCUGUUACAGCUGGAGUCUCCCUCCUGGUGGCCUUUUGGUAAACUCCCCUGGAAGACGCAGCAGGAAGCCAAGGCUGAGGACGCUGCACGAGCUGCAGCUUCUGCUGCUGCUGCUUCAGCUGGAAGCGGGUCUGGGAGAAAUAAGGUGAUCACAAGCAUCCCAGCUGUGGUGUCCAAAGGUGGAGACUCAGACUUGAAACCAGGAUGCUUGUUGGUGCUGGUGUCCGCGUUGGAGGUGCGAGACACAAACUGCAUGCUCCUUCAUCGCUUUGAAAAAAAAGAAAUCGACGAGAUCAGGGUGAAGAGUCCUUAUGAAAUCACUGUCAGACAGCGGUUUAUUGGGAAGCCUGACACAUUCUACAGGUUCCUGUCGGCCAAGAUGCCAGAAACAUUAUCAGUGCUGGAGAUGCAGUACAAAAAGAAGCUAGAGCUCACAAGCGAAUUCACUGCUUUCCAGGCAACUCCAGUUUCAUCCCCGUGUGGCAGAGAAGGGACAAACUGGAAUGAAGGUUUGUUGCAGGACUGCCAAGAGUCAGAGCUCCCACUGGAGGUCCCAGCAGGAGAGCUGUCCCAGUUGCAGGUGCAUGUCCUCCAGCCAUCUGUCAGCCAGGCUGAGGCCCAGGAACUUAAACAGAUGCUGAUGCAGCUGAAGAACCUUGCCCUGGAGGCAGAGACGGAACUGGAACGGCAGGAUGACGUCCUGGACGAGCUGACCAGCUCCACGGACCGAGCCACCAUGCACAUAGAGAAGCACACAUGCCGUAUGAAGAGGCUGCUGUAGCUCCGACAGUCCAGCUGAUGCAUGUGGUCAAAAUAUCCCUCCUGAGAAAUGCACUGCAAGCUUCCUCAUUGUCCUCAUGGGAUUGGUACAUUUAGAGAAAACUGCAAAACAGCAGAAGGGGCUUUUUUUAUGUUCUAAAAUUGUUCAUAAGACACAAAUACAUGUUUGCUUAACACUGUAGAUAAUCCAAAAAUCUUGGCGUUUGCACAUCAGUGAUUUUAACUUUAUAUUAAUAACAUAUAAUCAUUUCUUAAGAAUAUUUUCUUUUUUGUUUUAGAAAAAUGAAGUAAGGAAGAUGUAAAAAGAAGAUGCUAAAAUUUACCAAUUAAUUGUUGGUGUGUAACGAUAGUCACAUAAAGGACUUGUCAGCCCUAUGUUCAGUCCCAUGUAGUGAUGUUUAAUGGCAUGGCUCAGUCUAUUGAGCCCUAUUAGCAAUGUUUUUGAUGGGGAAGCCAGUGAGGGAUUGUGGCACCUGAAUCUGAUCUGGGGGAAUAGCAUGAAUCCUCAGUGCAUGUCAUGCCCUCCCAGUGGAGAUGGGUGAAAAAUAAGCUAAUGACUCAGUUUGUAUCAGAGAGGACAAAACAGCUCACAUCCUUCCCAGAACCUGUGAGAGUAAUCAGUGACAGAAUUCAGGGUGAAAUGGAAAUCAAAAAGGAAAAAUCGUUUAUUGUAUUUGCUCUCUCUGCACAAACUAAUUCAAAAGAAAUUGCAUGUUUUUUUCUUAGGUGUUAUGUACAAAUCACACUUAAGAGAGAAGGAUACAUGAUAAAAAAUGAUUAAAAUUACCGGCAGAUCGUAAAUGAACAGAUGAAAUUUUACACAUUAUCUUCUCUGAUGAUGUAUUGCCAUUCUUACUUUCAUAUCCAUUGCUUUCUACAUGAAUUAUCCUUCUCAGGUCCUUUGGGCCACAAAACCUCUCUGGACACAAAUUCCAUGUGGCUCAAUGUUGCAUGUCUCAAUAUUGCUGCUCUGUACUGCAUCAAGUGGAAAUGUUUCAUUAUGUAAAUAAGACUGUAAAUGUGCAAAGUAAUUCCUGGGAAUCUUUAAAGCAGAACAAAUACACUCCUCUCUGUUUUUAAAUAUUAUACAUGAAAUCAAAAGCAUACAUCCAUGCUAAGGUCCAUAUCAACUGUGUAUGUCUUGCACACUAUCAAGUGUGCUAUCUGUGACAUUGUAAUUCUGUAAUUUGACUGUGCGCUAUUAUCACUGUGAAAUUGUAAUUAGCAAUUAGUUUCACUUGAAAUAGAUGUACCAUGUUUGGAAAGUGCUGUAUAGAUGCUUCUUUUGCUGAUGAGUCCAAAUUCAUAUUAACACUGGACACCACUAAAUAAUUAACUCUUAAGGGAAAAGGUAUAGCUGCAUAUUUCUUAUAGCAAACAGCUUCAUAAAUGAAGCAGCACAAUAGGCACUGUAAGAUGGUUUUAUCAGCGAGGAAGUCAUCACCAUUAUAUAAUUUAAUUUGCAAUAAAAUUAAGUUUGAGAUUGUCA